ACAUAACGCAGGAUGGAAUAGACGGGAGCGCGACGAUGCAGCCAACUUGAGCGGCGUCGUGAACGCGCACGCGAGACGAGACGACCCCUCUCGCGCUGCGGGGGCUUCUUCUUUUCUUCCUUCCUCCUUCCUUGGCAGCUUUCGAACUCGCGACCAUGGGCUUCUAUGGGACCUUGAAGCUCAUCUUCUACAAGGUGAAAAGGAAAUUGGAUUACGGUCCUGACGGUCGGCCAUUUUCCUCAGGAAAGAAGCAUUGCAGAGGCGACGCUUACUUCAGUCCUCCGGUUCAGAGCCCGCCCACCACAUUCGGGGAACUCCGGCUGGCCAACGGGCAUUCAGCUCAGCGGCGGCGCGUCACCUCGGGCGCUCCCCCUCGUGGCCUGCAAGACUGGCUUCACACCUUUCAGGCGUGGAGUGGACCUGAGAGGCUACUGGUGCUGGAUCACUUGAUUGACGUGUGUGAAACGGGCCAGCUCAAGCACGUGAUGCAGCUCAUCCAACCGCACUUCCAGAGGGACUUCAUUUCCCUACUGCCCAAAGAGCUGGCUCUAUACGUGUUGAACUUCCUGGCUCCCAAAGACCUGCUGCGGGCUGCACAGACCUGCAGGUACUGGCGGAUCCUGGCCGAGGAUAACCUGCUGUGGAGGGAGAAGUGUCACGAGGAAGGUGUGUCCGAGUGCGCGUCACCUCGCCGCAGAGAAUGCGUCACGUGGAAGUCCAAGUACAUACGACAACACCGCAUUGACACCAACUGGAGGAAGGGGGACGAGCGCCAGCCCAAGGUGCUGAAAGGUCACGACGACCAUGUGAUCACAUGUCUCCAGUUCAGCGGCGACCUCAUCGUCAGCGGCUCUGACGACAACACGCUCAAAGUGUGGUCGGCCAUCACUGGCAAGUGUUUGCGUACGCUGACGGGCCACACGGGCGGCGUGUGGUGCAGUCAGAUGACGGCCGCCACGGUGAUCAGCGGCUCCACCGACCGCACGCUGCGUGUGUGGAACGCUCACAACGGCGAGUGCGUCCACGUGCUGCACGGGCAUACGUCCACCGUGCGCUGCAUGCAUCUCCACGGCAACCGGGUGGUGUCGGGCUCCCGAGAUACGACGGUGCGCGUGUGGGACGUCUCGAGCGGUCGCUGCGAGCACGUGCUGACUGGCCACGUGGCGGCCGUGCGCUGCGUGCAAUACGACGGCCGCCGCGUCGUGUCGGGGGGCUACGACUACAUGGUGAAGGUGUGGGACCCCCAAACGGAGGCAUGUCUUCACACUCUGCAGGGACACACCAACCGAGUGUAUUCACUUCAGUUUGACGGCGUUUUUGUGGUGAGUGGCUCGCUCGAUACGUCCAUCCGAGUGUGGGACGUGGAAACAGGCGGCUGCGUCCACACGCUGACGGGCCACCAGUCUCUGACCAGCGGGAUGGAGCUGCGGGACCGCAUACUGGUGUCCGGCAACGCCGACUCCACCGUUCGCGUGUGGGACAUCCGGACGGGACGCUGUCUGCACACCCUGCAAGGUCCCAACAAGCACCAAUCGGCGGUGACGUGCCUGCAGUUCUGCCGAGGUCUGGUCCUGUCCAGCUCAGACGACGGUACGGUCAAACUUUGGGACCUCCGAACGGGCGCAUGGCUGCGCGACGUGGUGGCGCUGCAGAGCUGCGGAUCCGGUGGUGUGGUGUGGCGCAUCAAGGCCUCCGACACCAGGCUGGUUUGCGCGGCCGGCAGCAGGAUGGGCACCGAGGAGACCAAACUGCUGGUGCUGGACUUCGACCUGGACGAACACCAGACGGACCAAAAAGAACCGGCUGAGUCGGACCAAGAUUCCGACGCUGAGGAUUCCGUUCAUUAAAAACGGAUUUGUCGCCGGACCCGUACGCAUGGUGAUCCAAGUUUUGAGGACGCGGAACAUUUCCGGCACCAGAAAGUGCUGACUUAACUAUUGCUGCUAUCCAAUGGGGAAGUUCACAUCAGACCGACAAGAGUGCGGUCGCGGUCCGAACGGUGGACAUCCCCAGUGCACGCUUUGCCGAGAUUGUUUUCCUCCUUGGCUCCCGUCGAUCGACGCUCUUGUUAACUCUUUCAGUGGCCAAAAUGUUGUGCUGUCAUGAAUUUGCGUGUCGUUUGGGGACUUAAUUGACUGCGAAGAAUGAAAAUGUGACUCCCAAAUCAAAACGUUUUAACUGGAAUGCUAAGAAUCAUUAUUGUGAAGUACUCCACCACCGCCGCCUGCCAAAACCGAAGCUUAACGCUUGCAUCCACUAGAUAGACGCGAGUGUCUGACUGAUACAGCUCGACUAACGAUGUAAACUAUAAUUGAUUAAUCUGUCAGUUAACUUUUGAUUAAUUCAAGUAGAUUUUUAAGAACGCAUUAUAUCUACAUCCCUCAAUUAAAAAUCUGGACAAUUCAGAAAACAUAAAUGAAGGAUUCAAACACUGGAUUGGUCGAUGGCAUUUGUCCAGAAAUCGGCAAAAAUGGUUUGGAUUGUUUUAAAAGCGAAUGUUUGCAAAUGUCUUAUUGCUAAAAGACUUUUUGUUACUGGUGAGAGUCUGAAAUUCUGAGCAUUUGGACGAUUUGAAGUUAAUCGAUAUUAGUAAACAAUUUGACGAUUAAUCGAUUACAUUGUUGCAUCGGUAGUACGGGAGCUCUUGUAAGAAAGUGUAAAUCCAUGAGAAAGCGUGUACAUAUUGUGCUUUUGCAAAACUAACCGUAACGGUGAAGAUGUCAAUAAAGACGACUUUUCAAAAGA